AAGUGAGAGUAAAAAGGCGAUGGAUUCCAUUUCCGUCGUCGGUUGGAUUCCAUUUCCUUGGAAGGCCGCUUUUACCGUAGAAUUCCUUUCGGCGUACGCGUAUGCUGAGACGUGGCACCAUCAUCGUGGAAAAACAUGUGGUAUGACUUUGGAAGUCACACACAUGAUUAGAGAAAAGCGUUCCCGUACUUCCUCUCAGAUCCAAUUAUUCCUGCUUUUUCCAUUGGUGCUUACGUCACAUAAAAGAAUUCCCGUAACUUCCCAUGAGUUGUCAUCUUCCCUUUCGCUGACAGGGGAGUCAGCCACAUCUCCCGGUCGCCAUCCUCUCUCUCUCUCUCCCCUUCGGAUUCCUCCAGCCGCAGCAGUACUUCCCAUACUUUAGAUUCCACAGCGUCUUCCAUCUCUCUCUUACGGACACACGCCCAAUUCCCAUGGAGUCCAAAUGCCUCCGUCUCCGUUCCAACCUUCCUCUCCAUCCCUCCACCCGCUCUUCCGCCGAGGCCACUACCAGAGACCGCGGCUCCUAUUCACUCCCCAUCAAACUCGACCGCCGAUGCUUUCCCGCCACCGCCACGCCUCCCCUUAGCUUUAAGCACGCGCCUAUUCGCCCUCUUUCCUCCCUUCUUGUAGUCCCCAAGUGCUCUUCCGAUCCCGAUGCCGCUACCGGCGGCUCCGACCUCGCCCCCGUCCCCGUCUCCGCCCGCACCUUCACCGCCUGGGACAUGGCCAGCCUCUGGGUGGGCCUCGUCGUGGGUGUUCCCGCCUACUACCUCGCCGGCAGCCUCGUCAACCUCGGCAUGGCCUGGUGGCAGGGCGUCGCCACCGUCUUCGUCGCCAACCUCGUCGUGCUCUUCCCCCUCGUCCUUACCGGCGUCCCCGGCACCCGGUACGGCGUGCCCUUCCCGGUCCUCGCCCGCGCCGCGUUUGGCGUCCGCGGCGCCCACGUCCCGACCCUCCUCCGCGCCCUCGUCGGCUGCGGAUGGUACGGCAUCGAGACCUGGAUCGGCGGUCAGGCCGUGUUCCUCCUCCUCCCGGCCGCGCUCAAGAGUUCCGCCUCCGCACUGUCCGUCAUUCCCUGGCUGGGCACCUCACCGUUGGAGUUCUCCUGCUUCUUGGUCUUCUGGCUGGCCCAAAUGGGCACCAUCUUGCGGGGGAUGGACGGGAUUCGGGAGCUCGAGAAGUACUCGGCGCCGAUCCUCAUCUUCCUCUCGUCGGCCCUCCUCUGCUGGGCCUACGUCAAGGCCGGCGGCUUCGGGCGCAUGCUUUCCACGCCUUCCCGCCUCUCCACCGCCGAGUUCUGGAAUCUCUUCUUCCCUUCGCUCACCGCCAACAUCAGCUACUGGGCGACGCUGGCGCUCAACAUCCCGGACUUCACCCGCUACGCCCGCAGCCAGAAGGACCAAAUCCUCGGCCAGGCCGGCCUCCCCGUCUUCAUGGGCGCCUUCACCUUCCUGGGCCUGGCGGUGACCUCCGCCACCGAGGUCAUCUUCGGCCGCGUCAUCUCCGACCCCAUCCACCUCCUUGGCCAGAUAGGGGGCCUCUCCACGACCAUCGUCGCCAUCUUCGGCAUCAGCCUCGCCACCAUUACCACCAACAUCGCCGCCAACGUGGUCGCACCCGCGAACGCCCUCGUGAAUCUUAGCCCGUCGGCGUUCACGUUCCGUAAGGGCGCCCUCUUGACUGCUUUGCUGGGCAUCGCUUUCCAGCCCUGGAGGCUGCUGAGCUCCAGCGAGAGCUUCGUCUACACUUGGCUGCUCGGGUACUCCGCGCUCAUGGGACCAAUCGGAGGCAUAAUUAUAGCCGAUUACUACCUGGUGAAGCGGAUGGAACUGGACAUGAGUGCGUUGUACUCGAACGACCCGCGAGGCUCUUACUACUAUCAGAAAGGAUUCAAUGUCGCGGCAAUGGCCGCUCUGGUUGCGGGCAUCCUGCCGAUACUGCCGGGCCUCCUUCACAAAGUCGGCAUUUUGGCAAGCACUUCGGGGGCAUUCGUUGUGGCCUACAACAACGCCUGGUUCGUGAGUUUCUUCAUUGCUGGUGUUGCCUACUGGAUUCUUUCUAGCUCAGGAAGAAGGUGGAAGGGCGCUCAUAAUGCUUGAUAUAGUAUCGUCGAUUCCUGCAUCAAUAACAAGAAAACAAUUCUUAGCUGAAAGCUGAAGCCAUCUAAAGAAGUAAACUGAGAAUGAAUCAGAGAUCAAUCAAAGCAAUAGUUCCCUUGGUUGUUUAAUCGAAGAUGAUUGGUCUGUAAUGUGUUCAUGGUGAACUGUUGAGAUAAGUAAUUAAGGGCAUCAGCUCAAGAUGAGGUGAAGAGGUUUCAGCAGUUCAUAUGUCUUAUUUUACACUUGAAUUUAUUUAGUGAUUUCUUUAA